CAUGCGACUCCUCCCACCCACUCUCUAGCGUCGCGUCUAGAGACCUCCGAAAUCCACCUCAAACCCUUGGUGGGGACGUCUGUAUUACCGCAUGUUUACCUCGCAGCUCGCGCUGCUGCAGGUGUUCUUCCUGAUGGUCCCCAAGGGGGUCCGGCCUCAGCCAUCUCCGUCGCCGUCUGGGGCAGUGUCCACCCAAUCGGACCUGGGGCCAAGGACGCAGGGCGAGACCCUUCAAUCCUCCUCGGAGGUGCCUGGCGUCUCUACAGUGGGUCCUACUGUCGUGACUCCCUCGGCGUCUGGGAAUAGGACCGUGGAUCUCUUCCCAGUCUUACCAAUUUGUGUCUGUGACUUGACUCCCGGCGCCUGCGAUAUGAAUUGCUGCUGCGACAGGGACUGCUAUCUUCUCCAUCCCAGGACAGUUUUCUCCUUCUGCCUCCCAGGCAGCGUGAGGUCUUCAAGUUGGGUGUGUGUAGACCACUCUCUUAUCUUCCGAAGUAAUUCCCCAUUUCCUUCAAGAGUUUUCAUGGAUUCAAAUGGAAUUAAGCAGUUUUGUGUCCAUGUGAACAACUCAAAAUUAACCUAUUUCCAGAAGCUCCAAAAGGUCAAUGCAACCAGCUUCCAGGCCCUGGCUACAGAGUUUGGAGGUGAAUCAUUCACUUCAACAUUCCAAACCCAGUCACCACCACCUUUUUACAGGGCUGGGGACCCCAUUCUGACUUACUUCCCCAAGUGGUCUGUAAUAGGCUUGCUGAGGCAGCCUGCAGGAGUCGGAGCUGGGGGACUCUGUGCUGAGAGCAAUCCUGCAGGUUUCCUGGAGAGUAAAAGUACAACCUGUGCUCGUUUCUUCAAGAACCUGGCAGAUAGCUGUACCUCGGAUCCCACCCUCAACGCUGCCUCUUACCAUAACUUCACAGUCUUGAAGGUUCCAAGAGGUUUGAGUGAUCUGCAGAAUACGAAGUUCCAGGUACCUGUAACACCUCUCUCACAGGCUGACUCCCCUCUUCUGGCUGGAAACACUUGUCAGAAUGUUGUUUCCCAGGUCAUCUAUGAGAUAGAAACCAAUGGGACUUUUGGAAUCCAGAAAGUCUCCAUCAGUUUUGGGCAAACCAACCUGACUGUUGAACCAGGCACUUCAUUCCAGCAACACUUCAUCAUUCACUUCAGGGCUUUUCAACAGAGCACAGCUGCUUCUCUUACUGGUUUUAGAAGUGGGAAUCCUGGCUAUAUUGCUGAGAAGCCACUCCUGGCUCUAACUGGUGAUAGAAGACACUCAAUGACCCUCUUACAGAGCAAGGGUGAUGGUACUUGCUCUAUUAAGAGACAUGAAGUACAAUUUGGAGUGAAUGCAAUAUCUGGAUGCAAGCUCAGGCUGAAAAGGGUGGACUGCAGCCACUUGCAGCAGGAGAUUUAUCAGACUCUUCAUGGAAGUCCCAGACCAGAGCACGUUGCCAUCUUUGGUAAUGCUGACCCAGCCCAGAAGGGAGAGUGGACCAGGAUCCUCAGCAGGAACUGCAGUGUUUCAGCUAUGCAUUGUACUUCCUGCUGUGUCAUACCAGUUUCCUUGGAGAUCCAGAUAUUGUGGGCAUAUGUAGGCCUCCAGUCCAACCCACAAGCUCAUGUGUCAGGAGCCCGAUUCCUAUACCACUGUCAGCCCAUACAGGAUUCCCAACAAGAAACAGAAGUACCUUUGACAACUGUUGUGACCUUUGUGGACAUUACCCAGAAGCCAGAGCUUCCAAGAGGCCAACCCAGAAUGGACUGGAAAUUGCCAUUCGACUUCUUCUUUCCCUUCAAAAUGGUAUUCAGCAGAGGAGUAGACUCUCAAAAAGGCUCAGUCUCUCCCAUUCUUAUCCUGUGUCUCUUACUACUUGGAGUUCUCAACCUAGAGACUAAGUGAAAAAAAGGAGAAGAAGCAGAUUUCAAUUUUCCCCAUGGGAAGUUCUGAGGCACCCUGCUUAUCUUGGCUAAACAGAUCCUCACCUGCUCAUGACCAGAGGAGAGCAUUUAGGAAAACAGAGGACCUAAAUGAAGGAGUAGAAUUGCUGGACAAUAUGGUAACUUUAUGUUUAAUCUAUUGAGGAACUGCCAAACUACUCUCCAAACUGGCUGCACCACCAGCAGUAUGUGAGGGUUCCAAUUUCUCCACAUUCUUCCCAAUAUUUGUUAUUUU